AUGACAUCUUCUCUCAGCCUUGAUAUGAAUGCACUAGCAACUGGGAUGGGUGACUCUUUGGAUGGAGGUGAAGCAUCAUCUCUGAUGCUUCCUCUACCGUUGGACUCUAUCUUGGUCAGACACCCAGCCUCUCACACUUCAAAACCUCCUUCUUGCAGUGAAGCCGCAGAGAAAGAGGAAAAAGAGGAUACUUUCCUACCUUCUGGUAGACCAAGUGUCACAAACCCUGAAGAAAGGGAUAAACUUGGGAGUAGUCUCACCGGUAGUGACGGUGGCAGUAUCAGCGAUGAUAAAGUCAGUGACACUUCCAGCCUAUCUGAUAUUCCUACAGCAGUACAUUUGGACAUGCUUACAACUGCAUCGGUUACCGAGACGACGAUUGUUGGUACUCUUGAGCCCCGGAUGAUGAAGACUUCCGGUUAUGGCCUGACUAAAAGCAGUGACAAUUUAGUUACAAAUGCUAAAACCAGCAUUUAUACGGCAUUCGAGAGAGAGUUUGGAAGAAAGCGACUGCCUUUGGAAAAUCGUGGGGAAGAUGAGGCGACAAUAAUUACAAUCAGAGAGACUAGCGGAUUGUUGACUGGGCACUGCGAAAUUAAAUCCGACUCUGAGUUGUAUGCCCCACGGGGAGGGUCAGGAGUGGAAGUAGACAGGAGCAAUGAAGAAACUAUCAACGACGGCAGCAACAGCAGCCGACCCACAAAGUCCGAAUUAUCUGGUGAAUAUGACAUAGCCAGAUUGAUAGAUUCGGGUGAGGAAGUAAUUCUCUUACUAACGUUAAAACUUCGUAAAAGAGACACAGGACACCUAUUUCCACCCGUUUUCAUUUUUAUCAAUACAUAA